CUCGUAUACUCUAUUAAAACGUUCUUAUACUUUAAAACACCUUCUAAUUUGUCUGUCUUUAAUGUCUUAUUCUAAUGAGCUAUUAAUAGUCGGUUUUUAUUUAAUUUAUUUCAGAAUAGAACCUAUUUGUAAAACCUAUGCAGUAAAUAAUUUAAAUGUUUACUUCGGGGUUUCAAGUAUUGAGAUCAUACGCGUGUGUCGGUAAAAUUUAAAUAAUUUAUUUAAAACAUAAAGAAGUGAUAGGCAAUGCGUUGUUCUGAGAUUCUACUGUCAUAAAUUAAUUUAAAAGAAAAAUUGCACAUUAACGUCUAAUAAAAAGAAAAAAUGUUGAUAACUUUUGAAUUUAAGAUAAACUACUGUAAUCAAACUUCGAUUGCAAUGACGCGCCGGCUCCUAUUAAAUUUUAAUCAGACAUAUAAUUAUGGGUCGAUGAUCGAAAUUUAUAAAAGUAUAAUCACCUACAUUUUUUUUGAAUGAUUAAUUUAGUCUAUAACUUUGCAAAAUUAAAACCUGAAGAAAAGUAAUAGAAUGCAUUUUGAAUUCUUGUCAUUCAAUAAAAUUAUGUAUAUUCGAGAGCCCGUGAUAAAUUUUUGAAUGAAUAAAUAAAUUAUUUAAAUUUUUCGUAUGUUUUCGUGUUUUUUUUUAAUAAACAAGAAUUUGAAGUUCCAAAUUUUGUGUUUUAGUUGUGAAUUGGUUUUCUAUAAGUAAACACCUCAUCUACGAGUUUUGUGCCGUGAUUUUUAUUUAUAUGAAUUUGUAACCAAAAACAAUACACAAAAUGUUAAUUCUUCUUGGAUUAUUUAGUUUUUUGAUAAACAAUCUAGUUUCAAAUGCUAGUGGUGCCAAUAUUUUGGGUUUGAUGGGAGUUUCAUCACCGAGUCAUCACAUUUGGAACAGUGUCUUAAUGCACAGGCUGGCUGAGUUAGGACACAACGUGACAAUUCUUUCUGUAGAUUUGCCUAGAUCGAAUGAAAAACUUCCACCAAAUGUACACUACAUUCACUUGGAAGAAGGCUAUUCUGUGACAGGUGUCACAAAUUACAUUGGAAUGGGUGUUUUUGAAUUUAUUCCAAUUUACUAUGGUCGAAAGUUGGCAGCCAUGGAAUGUAUUCUCAAGUCUAAGGGUAUGCAGACACUUCUAGACUAUCCGGAUGGUUUUAAUUUCGACUUGAUAUUAUAUGAUUAUAUCAUUGGACCAUAUCUUUUGGGUUUUGUGCAUAAAUUCAAUUAUCCACCAUUGAUUGGAAUGAGUGCAUUCCAUAACCCGCCAAUAACUUUGGAUCUUAUGUCAAAUCAUUAUUUUCCUGCUUACAUUCCUUAUCAUUCAACAACUUACUCACCUGUGAUGGACUUUUGGCAAAGACUUGAAAAUACUUUAAUUUUUAUAGCUGAUACUGCAUAUCGGCGCUUGGUCUUUUUGCCUAAAGUUGAUGCUUUAGUUAGACCUUAUUUUCCGAGCAAUAUGUCGUAUCUUGGAGAUAUUUCACGGCACACUUCCUUAGCUUUUGUCAAUUCUCAUCCUGCAAUCAAUUUCGUUGAGCCACUUCCUCCUAAUGUAAUUGAAGUUGGGGGCAUGCAAAUGCUUGAACCAAAAAAACUUCCUAGAGAUUUGGAUGAAUUCUUGAAUAAGACACGAAAUGGAGCUGUUUUCGUAUCCUUCGGAACAAAUAUGAAAAGUCAAGAUUUUACAAAAGAACAAAUUAAUACGAUCGUCAAAGCAAUGGCGAACUUACCGCAGUAUAACUUUCUGUGGAAGUUCGAUAGUGAAUAUAUAAAGGUCAAACUUCCAGAAAAUGUUCUAGUUAGAAAAAUAUUCCCCCAAAGUGAUAUUCUUGCUCAUCCUAAGCUCAAAGCUUUUGUUACACACUGUGGAGGAUUAAGUUCACAGGAAGCUAUGUGGCAUGGAGUUCCAAUGAUCGGAGUGCCACUCUUUUUCGAUCAGCAUAGGAAUCUCCGGAUGUCAAUUGAAGCUGGUAUAGCGGUAAAACUUGACUUCCUCACCAUGACAACCGAAAAUCUUGUCAAAGCAAUCAAAAAUGUUAUAGAAGAUCCAAAAAUGCGUCAGAAUAUCAAAGAUAAAUCAAAUCAAUUCAAAAAUAGGCCAAUGAAACCCUUAGAUACGGCUGUCUGGUGGGUGGAAUACAUUUUACAAAAUCCGAAUCCCUAUCACCUUAAAUCACACGCAGAGAGACUUAAUAUUUUCCAAGCUAAUUCUUUAGAUUGUCUAAUGUUUAUUUUAGCUGUAGGAAUUUUGUUAAUUUAUGUGAUGUCGAAAAUCACAGUGUACGUUUGUCGAAAAACAACGAUGGCAUUAUUUAAUUCAACAAAAGUUAAAAUAAGCUGAUCUUAGUUCAAAACGGUUGUGAUACAAUUUGUUUAAGAAAAAUGUAUUGAAGUUCUGUGGCUUUAAUAAAAAAAAAUAUUAAAAACUUUUGAAUGAUGAAAAUGAGACAAGAAAUUUAAAAAUAAAAGGAUCAAGUGAUGUCAAAAUAACAAA